AUGAUUUUUGGAGAAAAUGAAAACAACAGUGUAACCUUCUCGGCAACCAAGAAAACAAAGGUAUUAGUGACCCACAUCAAGAGACUCCCGGAAGUCACCGAAGUUAACAUCACCUUCACAGAGGAAGAUGUUGAUGGACGUCUUUUGCCGCAUAACGACGCCUUGGUAAUCUCUCUUAAUGUUCUAGAUUUCAAGAUUAAGCGUGUUUUGGUUGACCCAGGAAGUUUAGCCAACAUCAUUCAAUGGAGAGUGCUGGAAGAAGCCAAAUUAAUCAGAAGUAUCAUUUCCGCAACAAAGCUCAUUGUCGGGUUCAAUCGGGCAAGUGUGACAACUCAAGGAGAGAUCCUGCUGCCCACGAAUGCCGAAAGGGUAACAAUGACCACCUUAUUUGAAGUGGUGGACUGUGACAUGGGCUACAACAUAAUUCUUGGUAGGUCAUGGUUACAUGAGAUAAAGGCCGUACCAUCAACGUAUCACCAAUUGCUAAAAUUUCCAAACUCAGGGGGAAUCAAGCAAAUCAACUACAGCAAGAGAAAUGGACGCAAUAUCAAUUUCUAG